AUGGACGAAGGGGGAGUGCGGCAGCCGGCGGAGCCGCCCACCAGGAAGAGAUUCCUCAUUCCCAGGGACGAGGACGCGGUCCCUCCCGCUGGGGUCAAGCCCUUAUUCCGAUCCCCUCGGAGCCAUCCCACCACGGAGACCUCACCGCAGGCCGCCCCUCAGACCUACGCGGAGUAUGCUAUCUCCGGACCUGAAGGCGGGGCUGGAGCCGCCCCCCCCAGCGGGCCCGAACCCCAGGCAGGAGAGACCCCCAACCAGGCUCCCAAACCAGGGGCGAAAUCCAACAGCAUCAUUGUGAGCCCCCGGCAGAGGGGCAACCCGGUGCUGAAGUUUGUGCGCAACGUGCCCUGGGAAUUCGGCGACGUGGUUCCCGACUAUGUGCUGGGCCAGAGCACCUGCGCCCUCUUCCUCAGCCUCCGCUACCACAACCUCCACCGGGACUACAUCCAUGAGCGGCUGCAGAGCCUGGGGAAGAGCUUCGCGCUGCGGGUGCUGCUGGUGCAGGUGGACGUGAAAGACCCUCAGCAGGCCCUCAAGGAGCUGGCUAAGAUGUGCAUCCUGGCAGACUGCACGCUGGUCCUUGCCUGGAGCCCCGAGGAGGCCGGGCGGUACCUGGAGACCUACAAGGCCUACGAGCAGAAGCCGGCAGACCUGCUGAUGGAGAAGCUGGAGCAGGACUUUGUCUCCCGGGUGACUGAAUGUCUGACCACCGUGAAGUCAGUCAACAAAACGGACAGUCAGACCCUCCUGACCACUUUCGGGUCUCUGGAACAGCUCAUAGCCGCAUCGAGGGAAGAUCUGGCCUUGUGCCCAGGCCUGGGGCCCCAGAAGGCCCGCAGGCUGUUUGAUGUCCUCCACGAGCCCUUCUUGAAGGUGCCCCGGUGA